CCAUGAGAAUGCACUUUUUUGACAGUCUUGUUAUUGUUCCUAGUUAGGCAGUGACACAGCACCAGCUGUUAAAACCCGGCUACCUCCGGCUAUUGUUGUGUUAUUUAUUUUUUUUAGUACUUUAUCUAUUUAUUGAUUUUAAACCUGCACAGUUUGUAACCUUAUUUUUCACGUGCAAGUUCCUUGUUAAACUUUUCGUGUAAAGUUUUGAUUACUAGCUACUAGUAGGUUAGCCAGCCGUAGUUGUUGUUGGAUGUGAGUCAGCUAUUUUACAGUGGAUUAUCUGUAGUUAUUUGAAGAAAACCCUUCUGUUUGUGUCAAGUCAUGGAUCAAACUGGCUCUUACCCUGUGAUGUUGUAUGUUUACGACCUGUCCAGAGGCAUGGCCCGUCAGCUGAGUCCCCUCAUGCUAGGGAAACAGCUUGAAGGGAUAUGGCAUACUGCUAUUGUGGUCCAUGGAAAAGAGUUUUUCUUUGGAGCAGCAGGUAUCAACAACUGUCCCCCUAGUGGCACUCCCUUGGGCGACCCUGACUCCAUAGUGGACUUGGGCUGCACUGAGGUGCCUGAAGAGAUUUUUAUGGAGUAUCUGACCUCACUGGCAGAGUCAACAUACAGAGGUGACAAAUACAACCUGUUUGAGCACAACUGUAACACCUUCAGCAGCGAGGUGGCUCAAUUCCUCACAAGUAAAAAGAUCCCGUCUUAUAUCACAGACCUUCCAGCUGACGUACUUUCCACGCCUUUUGGUGAAGCUCUCCGUCCCUUACUGGACUCUGUCGCUAUAAGUCCCGGAGGCAACAACAUAACUGGACACCCAUAGAUGAGCCUAUACACUGAAGAAAAUACAUUUGAGGGCUCAGGUGAGGGGGGAAACUCACCAGCAGCAGCAACCAGCCAUACCUUGAUAAUAUUUUCCUUUACUGAUACACAUCUUCAUCUCUAAGGUGCCUUUUGAGAUAGAGUUCAGUGCCUCAUAUAAGGUCCCACAUAUCCCUCAUCGUUUCACUUCCUUUUGGGGAAAUCUUUGUCUUCUGUGCACAUCUUGGCAUGGAGUAUAGAGCUCUUGAUCUUCAGGGAUGCUGUAUACUACAGUUUAUCACUAUACUUUAGUAAGUUCACUCUCCAACUUUUAUUUUAAAUGUGUGCUGCAAAGAUUUUUAAUAGUCGUUAAAGUUGGGACAUGACGUAAAAUGCAUCUUAAAAUCUGGUGUAUAAGUCGCACUUUUAAUGAUAAUUUAUCGUCGAAAAAGUUGGCUGCAGACGACUUAAAUACCAAUAUAAUUUAUACAAUGAAAAAUCACAACAACAGUUAAAGAUUGCUGCCUCACUGCUCAGAAUGAGUUAGAAUGUCACAACAACAUUUAGCAGUUGCUUUUGUCCAAAGCAACAUACAUUUGCGAGUAAAUGCAACACAAGCAAAGAUCUAGACCGGAGAAAACAUCAGUAAGUGUCACUAAGGGCUUCAAGUCUGAUCAGACACAGGUGCUGCCAUGCAGUGCUGGAGGCAAUACACAUGGUGUAUAGAAGCAUUUAUAUUCAUAAAUUGCACCAAAUUACCAAGUGCUGUGUCAUUCACAGAGCUAAGUAGAGUAGGACAGUGCAAGGCAAAUGUGCAAACUCAUUCUGCUACAGGGGACAACAGAGGAGCAGAGUCCAGCUAAGUGCACAGUGUUCCUGAAAGAUCUGGGUCUUUAGCUUUCUCUUGAAAAGAGAAAAGAACUCUGCUGAUCGAAUGGAGUUGGGUAAUUCAUUACACCUUUAGGGGACAACAGAGGAGAAGAGUGGAGCUUGUGACUUAGGGCCCUGAUAUGGAAGUACCAGACACCUUUCACUGGCCAAGCAUAUUGGGCAAGAGAAGAAAGUUUAGACCUGGAUGAGGGAUUCCAGUUAAACAGGAGCCAUUUGAGUCCCUGCUUUGAAAGCAGUAAGUAGGCAUGUAUAAAGAUAUGGACCAGACUGGUGAGUUUCGGUGCCCCUUUUUAACCGCUUUUCUUCCUCGUUAGGCCAUAAUCGUGCAUGUAAAAUAAACGGAAAGUUGUUGUUAUUGUAAAUGUUAAGUGCUCUCUGAGUGAAACUUGCUGUGUCAUAAUUGCAGGCUGAAAGCUCAGCUACCAUAUUAUAGCUAGUAGAUGCACAAACUUAAUAUGUCAAAAACAGAUAAUGAUAAAAUAGCGGCACAGCUGCACAGGGACUGCACAUUGUGGACUUUGUUGAACAAAAUGAGAAUCAUCACAGUCGACAACGGCUUAAACCCUUUUCUCCUUUUAGGACUACAGAAACAGACUGCAGCUUAUAUACAGUCAGACUUAUAUUCCAGAUUUUAAGGUAAAUUAAAAAAAAUGAAUGAGAUGAUUUGCAAAACAUUAAAAGCUAUAUUUAAAAGCACACAAACAAAGACAGCUUAUCAAAUAUUUAAACUUAGAAAGUCAACUGUUUUUGAAAAUUACAUGCUAUUGAACAAUAUAUUUCAAAAAAAAAUUAGGACAUGUUUUCAAGAGGAAGAAGUGAUAACCUUUUCCUCUUGAAAACACUCUGUUAGCAUUUUCUGAGAACUGAUGAGACCAGUUUCUGACUCUGAAAGUGGAAAGUUCAACCAGUCAUUCCUGAUGUAGAAUUUUAGCUACUGUACAUGUCAGGGUCUCCUUUUUAAGAAUGCAAUGCUUCACAAUGCUCCAAAUAUCUGGGCAUACAGUUUUUCAAAACAGGGAAAUUUCUCUGUUCAGUAUUUGAUCUGUUGUCUUUUGUUUUUUAGAGUUUAAUGUUUUUAAAAUCAUAAUAUUGGUUUCAGUUUACAUUACAUUCAAAUUUCUCUGUUCAGUAUUUGAUCUGUUGUCUUUUGUUUUUUAGAGUUUAAUGUUUUUAAAAUCAUAAUAUUGGUUUCAGUUUACAUUUUACACUACUUCUGAACUGUUUAAAUUAAGGAUUAUAAAAACCCCCCACACAUUUCCCUUUUCAAAGUAUUAUGUGUCAGGUAUUCAUUGCAGCAUUCCUUAGAUUAUUCCUUUUUUCACAUGUCAAAUGUCAAAUGUAUGUUUUAAGUCCAAGAGCCAUUUUAAGUCGACUUUAAAGAAAGAAAACAGCCCUCUGUUGAAGUGUUCAGCAGGCCUUAUUCUCAUUCAGAGUUUAAACAACACAGUUAGACCAAAUCUUAUUGGUUUUCUACUUCGUACACAAACACAUAACACAGUAACCUCAGACAUAACUAAUUCAAGAACCUCUUAUUGAAUACAGGACCUGCCACUUGUUCAGCAUUUAUUAUUUCUAUGUCCUUCUGUUGCUUCACUUUGCAAGACUUGGAAUAUGACCACUUUAUGAAGACAGAAUGUUUUAUACAGCCGCCAUUUACACAAAAGCUAUGCAAAGUAAGUUAAAUUUAACAAAAGGUGUUCAGCUGACACCCACAUAACCAGCACACUCUGGGGCCUUUAACUCUUCCUUGAAGUGAAAACAAAUCCAUGUUGAUUCCAUCAGUGCUUUUUGUCCUCAUUUUAUUCCUUUUGUGUAGUAAUACCAUAUCAUGCUUGUAUUGUUUUAUCUAAUGUAUAUUAAACCUACUUGAUAAUGCAUAAAGGGUGUCUGCAAAUAGUUCAAAAGAAUACAAAUUUUUACCUUAAUUGUACAUAGAUGCCAUUGAAAUCACUGAAUGCCAGCUAAAGACUGGAUAUGAGCUUGUUUUUAUUACAUUUUUGCACUGAAGUGAAUAUUUUUAAGAGCUUGUCUGAGAGAGGAUUCUAUUUGAGGAGAGUGUUUAUUAAUAAAAAAGUCUUAAUGAAAUUUUAACACGUAAAAACAAAUGUAGAGGAAUUUCAAAGAAUUAUCAAUGCACCAGUGCUCUAGAUCAGAACUGAAUUUGCCUAGACACCCUGCACUUUGUUAUGUAUGUUAUGUGGAACUUUAUUAGAGUUGUGACAUUAAAAUAUCCUUUAUAUCCCA